UCAUAGUUUGAUCAAAUUUUAAAGUAUACAGUACUCCGCCCGUUAUGGAACGGUUAUGGUGUUACACGUGUUAUCUUCUCCUUAUUCUAUCCUCAUUUCCUGUCUUGUCAGUACUCAUGAAAAAGGAUUUACAAAUCAAGCACUUCGAAUGUUACGACCUUCCGUAUUCGCAAACGAAUUUGGAAAAAUGCGUUAUUCAAACACCUCGAACCGGUCCCCAACUGUUGACACUUGUGAUGAGGACGCUAAAUGUGAUACAGCGGGUGUUUAUCGAUGUUGUGGUCUACUCACAGUAUCAGCACACCCGGACGUACCUUUUCGGCACAUCCUUUGAUUACUGUGAAUUUAUAGCCGCAUCCGACUCUUACACUAAUCCCGUUGCCAAGCUGGUGUACGCCGUAGCUCUGCAAAAGUUUCCCCAAGCGCUACUAGAGUGUCCGGCCAGUGGAGUGGUCAACAUUACCGAUGUGAAAAUUGAUGAAAAUUUAGUACCACCAAUUAUGCCGGCCGGAAGAUAUUACACCCAUUUUCGAAUGUACAACAAACGGAACCAAACGCUUCUUGCGUGGAAGGCCAAAUCGAUCGUCUCACAAGUGCGAACCAAUCAAACGAUGAGCUUUUAUGGAUGAUUGUGGAUAAGAAUAUAAGUGUAUGAAAAUUUC